AUGGGCGUAGGCAGUGCUCGUCGUCGCGUGUGCCGACCGUUCAGACCACUCCUCAUGCAGUUCCGCGUCAUGGAAAUGGAGAAGGGACCACCGGGCCGAUCGGAUCGGGAGGUGAACACGAAAGAAUCUCAGCUGGCCGUCGUCGCCGAUGCACACAUGUCCCAAGUUAUGCAGAGGGAUAGUCAGUCGCUGAAGAAUCAAGAAUCCUGUCCCGGUGAUCGUGAUGUAUUGCUGGGCUGCACGGCCCACGCGCGAAGAAUGUCAACAUCACACAUCGUCCAUCGCCUCGUCCGUGCUGCGUGA